UGUUGGAACGAAAUACAACUAUCGACCAUCGACUAGUAUUCGUGUUACUAGUAUAUUAUCAUACACGGUGUUUUAAGGUGACAUAAAGAAUGAGAAACAGUCAUCGAAAUUAGUGGAAGCUGAAGCGCAAGGAUUGAUAAUGUAAUAGGAUAAUGAAUGAAUGAAAAUGUAUAAAAGGAACGGAAAGAGUAAGAAUAUUUGUAAGUAGAAUUAUUGACUCUUCUUUCUGGAUUCUUAGAAAGAUGAGGAGAACUUCUAGUAUAACCAUAUACCAAUAAUUAUAGCCUUAAUCAAAAAUGGAAUCCCAACAUUUAGCUCAAUAUUCACCCAAUUCUCAUGGUAGCGCCUGUGCUUCGGUUACUUCUAAAGAAGUCCACACGAAUCAAGAUCCAUUAGACGGUUCAGUUUCCAAAAUCAACGAAUAUGAUAAGCUUUCCACUAAGGCAAAUUCUCAACAAGAAACAACACCUGUGCCCACAGAUGUUUCAGAGAACACUCAUCAUGCCUCUCCUCACACUGCUCAAGUACCAUUGCCACAGAAUGGCCCGUACUCACAGCAGUGCAUGAUGACUACAAACCAAGCCAAUCCGUCCAGUUGGCCAAUAUACGGUCACCCAUAUACGAUGCCGUACACACCUUAUCAAAUGUCGCCCAUGUACUAUCCACCUGGGCCACAACCACAGUAUACACAGUAUACACCAACUGCGGGAACGUCUUUGAGCGCCACACCCCCCGAGCCCGGUAACACACUUACCAAGCCACCUUCAACGAAGUCAGAUAUGACACCCGUCAACAAAUCUGUUCGACCACCACCAAUUUUAACAUCAUCAAAUGAUUUUCUAAAUUGGAUCAGAACUUACGUUAAAUUUUUACAAAAUUCAAAUCUCGGUGACAUUAUCCCGACGACAGACGGAAGACCUAUACGUCAGGUAACAUACGACGAACAAACCUUCUUGUACAACACUUUUCAAACGUUUGCUCCACCUCAUUUACUACCUACUUGGGUCAAAGACAUAUUAUCUGUUGAUUAUACAGAUAUCAUGAAAGUUCUUUCGAAAAGCUUUGAAAAAAUAAAAACCGAUACUCAAGAUGCUAACGACCUGAUAACGAUCACUAAUAUCCACUACAAUGGCAGUACACCAGCAGUCGAGUUUGAAACAAAGAUCACGAAUACAAUCGAGCGACUAAACAAUAAUGGUAUUUCUAUCAAUGACAAGCUAGCACGCCACGUAUAAUUAUGAGAGGUCUCUCUGGGGAAUACAGAUUCUUACGCUACGCACGUCAUCGCACCCAAAACAUGACAAUCGCAGAACUGUUCCUGGACAUUCAUGCCAUAUAUGAAGAUCAACAGGAAUCGGAAUGCCGUAAGCCUACUUACUCAAGGAUUCCUAAAGAUGACAAGAACAUUUCUCGAAUCUCUUCAAAUAUAAACAAAGCCAAGACUGUAACCCGAAACCCUCAAAAAGAAAGUAACUCAAAAUCAAGAACGGUCAAAACUAAUAACGUGUCUACAUCUCAUAACUCUUUUGACAAGAACAAUGAUUCGAUCAACGAAUCGCCUGAUAAAACAAUACACUUGAACAAUCAGUAUGACCUUCACCUUAGGCCAGAUAUAUACUGAGUCCAAGGUAAACCACACGGAUAAUUCAAAUGAUGAACUUCCUGGACAUCUUCUUAUCGAUUCAGGUGCAUCACAAACCCUUAUCAGAUCCGCCCAUCACAUACACUCAGCAUCACCUAAUAUUGACAUAAGCGCAAUUGAUGCUCAAAAAAAGGAAAUACCAAUCAACGCCAUUGGUAAUCUCCAAUUCAAAUUUGAAGACAAUACAAAAACAUCAAUAACAGUACUACACACUCCGAACAUAGCUCAUGAUCUACUCAGUUUGAGUGAGCUAGCUAAGCAAAACAUCACUGCCUGUUUUACCAAAAAUACCCUAGAGCGAGUUGACGGCACCGUACUUGCCCCUAUCGUUCGACAUGGGGACUUUUACUGGCUAUCCAAAAAUACUUGAUUCCCUCGAACCUAUCAAUGCCAAUAGUUAACAAUAUCGGUACUGAUAAAGCCUCACACAAGUAUCCCUAUCCUUUGAUUCAUCGCAUGCUUGGCCACGCUAAUGCUCAAACCAUUCGGAACUCUCUAAAGAAUAACUCAAUAACAUAUCUAAAGGAAGCAGAUGUCGAUUGGUCUAAAGCUACUACAUACCAAUGCCCAGAUUGCUUAAUCGGCAAAAGUACUAAACACAGACAUGUCAAGGGAUCACGAGUAAAAUACCAAAACCCGUAUGAACCUUUCCAAUAUCUACAUACCGACAUAUUCGGACCUGUUCACAACCUGCCAAAAAGUGCACCAUCCUACUUCAUAACAUUUACCGACGAGAAAACAAGAUUCCAAUGGGUUUAUCCCUUACACGAUCGUCGCGAACAAUCUAUUCUCGAGGUAUUUACCACAAUACUAGCCUUCAUUGAAAGACAAUUCAAGGCCAGUGUCUUGGUUAUCCAAAUGGACCGUGGUUCUGAAUACACAAACAAAACUCUCCACAAAUUCCUCCUUAAAAAGGGCAUCACUGCAUGCUAUACAACCACAGCAGACUCUCGAGCUCACGGUGUAGCUGAACGAUUAAACCGUACUUUACUAGACGAUUGUCGCACACAGCUUCAAUGCAGUGGAUUACCAAACCAUUUAUGGUUUUCCGCAGUGGAAUUCUCAACCAUAGUCAGGAACUCUUUAGUUUCACCUAAAAACGAAAAAUCUGCACGGCAACACGCGGGUUUAGCGGGACUUGACAUCAGUACUUUACUACCAUUUGGUCAACCUGUGGUAGUCAAUAAUCACAAUCCUGAUUCGAAAAUACAUCCUCGCGGCAUUCCUGGCUACGCUCUACAUCCAUCCCGGAACUCUUAUGGAUAUAUUAUCUAUCUUCCAUCUUUAAAGAAGACAGUGGACACUACCAAUUACGUUAUCCUGCAAGACAAGCAAUCCCGAUUGGACCAAUUCAAUUACGACGCACUUACCUUUGAUGAUGACAUAAGUAGACUAACUGCUUCAUAUAAAUCGUUUAUUGAUUCAAAUGAAAUCGAACAGUCCUACGACCUUCAAAUGGAUCCUAAUCAUGAUUUUCAAUCUGAGAUAGAUCAUGACACUGAACUCCGGGGAGAUGACAGUUCCACAGAUCUGAUUGCAACUGGUUCACCAUCAACUCCUACUCAACCAACGAGAUUGGAAUCUGUACCUACAACUAAUGCUCGUGCACCCAAAGAAGUUGACCCUAAUAUAUCUGAAUCAAAUAUUCUUCCGUCAAAGAAGAGGCAUAACAUACCCAAUAUUCCUGAUCCAGACAAUACCUGUUCGGAUGGUAUGAAUAGAUCAGAUGUAUCGAUCGAUAUCCCCGUGCACGGCUCUGUCACGCAACAGUCGAAUAAAUCCAAUGAUCACGAUCAAGUGAGCGAUUCAGAUUCACAUCGCCAAAUCAAUACUAAUCCUAAAAACGACACAACACCAUGUUUGGGUGGUACACACAACAAGACUAUAUCAGAGUUCAGUGAUCAGGCUAUCGAGAAAAGCUUGAUAAACUAUCCAAUUGCACUAUUUGAUCCCUCACAGGGAAGUGAGAUACCAAAGUAUAAUGCUCCUAUUGUUACACCAGAUACCUACUCUGAAAAUGAUGUCAAGGAAUAUAUUACAGAAGAUCUUCCGCUUCCCGACUUACCUCCAGAAUCUCCUACCUGUUUCCCCGAUGCCUUUAAAGAAAUUCCACCGAUCAAUUCUCGUCAAACUAAUUCCAGUUUGGGUGGUAUGGGUAAAUCUAAUAUCUAUGCUACUAUACAAUAGUAAGAAAAGAUCAUUAGAAGAUAAUGAAACUGAAAUUGAGGUAUCACGAGACACAUGGAACAACAAGAACAUGCGUAGUUUACAGCCUCCAAGAUCAAAGAAACGUAUACAUCUGAUCGCAGCUGUGAAAGCAGCAAAACCAAUCAAACCUAUACGAACAACCUUAAGAUAUGAUGAGGCAAUCACAUAUAAUAAGAAUAUCGAGGAAAAGGAAAAGUACAUUCAAGCAUACCAUAAAGAAGUUAAUCAGUUGCUAAAGAUGAACACAUGGGACACAAACAGAUACUAUGACAAAAAUGAAAUAGACACCAAAAAGGUGAUAAACUCAAUGUUCAUCUUUACAAAAAACGAGAUGGAACACACAAAGCUAGAUUUGUUGCAAGAGGCGACAUUCAACAUCCUGAUACGUACGACUCAGGAAUGCAGUCUAAUACUGUACAUCAUUAUGCAUUGAUGACAUCCCUGUCACUUGCAUUAGACAAUGACCACUACGUCACACAACUGGACAUAUCUUCGGCGUACUUGUACGCAGACAUCAAAGAAGAAUUAUACAUAAGACCUCCGCCACAUUUAGGUAUGAACAACAAGUUAAUACGAUUGAGAAAAUCACUUUACGGCUUGAAACAAAGUGGUGCAAACUGGUAUGAAACUAUCAAGUCAUAUCUGAUAGAUAAAUGUGAUAUGGAAGAAGUACGUGGAUGGUCAUGUGUGUUUAAAAACAGUCUAGUAACAAUCUGCUUAUUCGUUGAUGACAUGAUACUAUUCAGCAAAGACUUGAACUCAAACAAAAGAAUCAUAGAAAAUCUAAAACGACAAUAUGACACUAAGAUCAUAAACCUAGGUGAAAGUGAUGAAGAAAUCCAAUAUGACAUUCUUGGACUAGAAAUUAAAUACCGGAGAGGGGUAAGUACAUGAAACUAGGUAUGGAGAAUUCAUUAACUGAGAAAUUACCAAACCUAAACGUACCUUUGAAUCCGAAAGGUAAGAAACUUGCCGCUCCAGGGCAACCUGGUCUUUACAUAGACCAAGAAGAGUUGGAACUGGAAGAAGAUGAUUACAAAAUGAAGGUGCAUGAAAUGCAAAAGCUAAUUGGCCUAGCAUCGUACGUUGGAUACAAAUUCAGAUUCGACCUACUGUACUACAUCAACACUCUCGCACAACAUAUAUUAUUCCCGUCCAAACAAGUUUUAGACAUGACAUAUGAAUUAAUACAGUUCAUAUGGGAUACCAGAGAUAAACAACUAAUAUGGCAUAAAAACAGAUCUACGAAAUCAGGAAACAAAUUAGUUGUAAUAAGCGAUGCUUCGUACGGAAACCAACCGUAUUACAAAUCACAGAUUGGUAACAUAUUCUUACUCAAUGGAAAAGUCAUUGGAGGAAAAUCAACAAAAGCAUCACUAACGUGUACUUCAACCACAGAAGCAGAAAUACACGCAGUCAGCGAAGCCGUUCCGUUACUAAACAAUCUAAGUUAUCCCGUGCAAGAACUAGAUAAGAAACCAAUCAUCAAAUGUUUACUUACUGACAGCAGAUCUACAAUCAGUAUAGUUACAUCCAAAAAUAAAGAGAAAUUUAGGAACAGAUUUUUCGGCAGUAAAGCAAUGAGACUCAGAGACGAAAUAUCGGACAAUAAUCUGUACUUAUACUACAUUGAGACCAAGAAGAACAUUGCUGAUACAUUGACAAAACCUCUUCCGAUAAAAACUUUCAAGUUGUUAACAAACAAAUGGAUUCAUUAGAUCUAUUACAUUAUGGGUGGUAUGUUGGAACGAAAUACAACUAUCGACCAUCGACUAGUAUUCGUGUUACUAGUAUAUUAUCAUACACGGUGUUUUAAGGUGACAUAAAGAAUGAGAAACAGUCAUCGAAAUUAGUGGAAGCUGAAGCGCAAGGAUUGAUAAUGUAAUAGGAUAAUGAAUGAAUGAAAAUGUAUAAAAGGAACGGAAAGAGUAAGAAUAUUUGUAAGUAGAAUUAUUGACUCUUCUUUCUGGAUUCUUAGAAAGAUGAGGAGAACUUCUAGUAUAACCAUAUACCAAUAAUUAUAGCCUUAAUCAAAAAUGGAAUCCCAACAUUUAGCUCAAUAUUCACCCAUUUACUCA